AUAUUGAUGAAUGCGUUCAUAAUAGUUCUUCAUAUUGAUGAAUGCGUUCAUAAUAGUUCUUCUUAUUGAUGAUUAAGUUCAUCAUUGUUCUUCUUAUUGAUGAUUAAGUUCAUAAUUGUUCUUCAUAUUGAUGAAAACAAGAACAGUUUUGUUUUGUUAGGUAUAUUUUCAUUUACUAUUCAGUAUAUGUUUGAGAUUGUAAGAAAAAGAUAGUGGUUGUGGUUCGCGUCUAGUCGUUUAAAAUAAAAAAAAAAAACAAAUUUUGUGGCUGGCGGCAUUAAAAAAAUUUAUAUAUAACAAAGAUUUCUGAAAUUGGAGACAUGGAAAAUUCAGGUGAGAGCUCCAAAGCAUUGGAGGAAAGUGAAAGUUUAAUAAUUUUUGAAGAAACAAUAGACACCGGAGAAACAAUGGAAUCAAUAGAAGCUGAUGGAAAUGGAGAAACUGAAGAAGCUGAGGAAAAUGGAGAAACUGAACAAACAAUUAAUGCUGGAGAACUGCAGCAGGCUUUGUACAAGUUAGUACCAAUUACGGAAUAUGAAAGUAGCAAUUUCAAAGAUGAUGAGGAAUUGAAACUCCUUUUAAAGAGUUGGGAUUGCCUUCAUAUGUACGAAUACUUGAUUGGUGAAAAUGUUUCUACAAAAAUUUUAAAAAUCAUAAAAGAGGUUCACGUAAAAAGCUUGCUAGCUGGUUUUAAACACGGUGACCGCAUACUUUUUGAAUACCAUUUGGAGAAAUGGCGUGAUGAGAUUGGCAUGCCUCUAUUACCAGGCAAUGAGCCACUCCACCCUGCUCUCCACUCCACUCCACCUUCUCCAUCGACAUCAAAUAGAUCAUCAAGAACUGCGUCACCCACACCAUCGCCCGAACCGGAUAAAAAUCUGAAUAUAAACUUGUCGGUAAUGCUUUCAGCAAAAAAACAUGGGCAUUCUAUUGUAGAAUACUACAAUACCCACAAAAAAUUUCAAACUGAACACCGACAACUACUCAUCGGUCUUGUGGCAGAGUAUUUUGAAGAAAACAGCAUUCCAUUGACGUUAAAAACCAGCUACAGAAUAGAAAGGGAGAUAUUGGACCGUUUUCCAACAGAAAAAUUGGAGUAUUACCGCACCGAAAAGCGAGGUAAAAUUUACACCAAACUCCACAACAUAAAAAGGCUGUACAAAACAUUAGAGCCGAAGAGGGUUAAAACAUCGCCAACCAAAGAAGUCGGAAAAUCGAAUAAACCGAUCUUAAUUCCAGAGCCCGAUGCACAAGCUUGUGUUAAAAGCUUAAAUUUUGACAAUUUAUCUGUUGAAGAAUUUGACAGUGUUUGGGAUGCAUGUGCCAAGCAUCGGCUUCUACAAAUACAAGCAUUAUCAACGCAGCAGGAAAUCUUUAAGGCAUGGCCGCAGUAUAAAAAUUUGAAUGGCUAUCGUUUGAUAGACAGAGAUUUCAAAGCCCUACACCCCGAAAGCCAGACUAUAUGUGAGAACUGGGAACGUAAUUUCAAAACGAUCAAAGAGUUCCUCAUAGAAAACCUAAAAGACAAAAAAACAACCGAAAUGCUUAACGAAUUUGAAAAUUCCGAUGCGGAGAAAGGUACACAUUAUGUAUGCUAUACUGAAGUCAAUUAAUAAAAAAAUUGCAUCUAUCGCUUGAACAAUGGAAGAUUGUCCCUCACUCCUAUACAUAUUUUUUCCUUGAAUUUUCUAAACAAUCUUUUGGCAUCAAUUAGUUUAUGAAAUUUAGGAAAAAUUUUUGAAAAAAAUUUGUUUUUGUUCACAAAAAUCUUCAAUUAAAUUUAAAAAAUUCAAAACGGCAACACCGGCAAUUUUUAAUCUACAGACUUUAAAGUAUUUUUAAUUACGUUUGAAAAAAAAAGAUCAUCAAAAUCUAAGCUGUUCGACCGGAUUCCCUAAUAUUGCCAAUUUUUGAGCUUUAGUUACUCCACUAUAUAUUAUAUAUUUAAUAUUUACAUAAAAUAUAAUUUAUUUUUAUUCAUACUAACCAU